AUGGUUCAGUAUUUCGCUGUUUUCUUGGUUUUCUCUUUCUCUGGCGGUUCACUGGGAACAACCACCUCACCUCAGCAACAAAACACCGCAAAGUUAAAAGAUUUAUGCGAGGUAUGAAACGAUUAUUCUGUUUUAGCUGAUAUUUUUGUGUCUCGGGCAGUGGGUGGAAAAAAAAUCGCAUCAAAAAGGUCUGCAACGGAGUUUAUAUUGGCACAAUAAAAAUGCCAGCUUCGCCAUAAGGCACUGUGCUUUUCCUGAGGUCCACGAAUUAUUAUUUAGCUGAUAAAUAACGUAAACCUCAACUUUUCUGUUGUUAAGUCUGCCUCACAAAAUUUGCCCCAAAGGUUAGUUUCACGGAUUUGUACUUUCUGAUCUACCCAGUUUUAAACAAUUUAUUUCGCAGUUUCUGAGUAAUAGACAGGUAUCGAUUGACGGCUGUGUCAUGUCAAUUAAAUUGAGGGUGGACUUUUCCUUUUUAGGGUUGUAUUGUUUAUGAAGACAAGCAGCAAAAUGAAAUGCAGAGAGACUGAGCUUUGUUUUAAAAAGGAAUUUCUCUUUCCACCAUAAACUAUGUUAAAAUAUCCUUAGCCUUUAAGAUUUUUUUGGUGUUAAAAAUUGAUCAUUAAUUUAUCGUUAUUAGUAUUAACAUCAUUGCUAUUAUUGUUAUCGUCAUUUUCAUUAUUAUUAUGGUUAUCAUUAUCAUUAAUUUGGUUAUUAAAUCGUCUUCCUUCUCAUCAUCGUCAUUAAUAUCAUUAUUUUUAUAGUUUUUUUUUUUUUAAACCCAGCAAUAAUUAUCCUAGUCUGAAGAAUUUGCAUUUGACACCAUAACCAAAGCUCCAACUAUAUAUUACCAGGAGCCGCCUGAUAUUACGUAAUUCUGAAGCAUUUACAUUCCUUAGCCGAGUAACUUUUAUUCUUAAAUCCUUGAAGUUUAACCAAAGCUCCAACUAUAUAUUACCAGGAGCCGCCUGAUAUUACGUAAUUCUGAAGCAUUUACAUUCCUUAGCCGAAUAACUUUUAUUCUUAAAUCCUUGAAGUUCUCCGCCUUUCCGUUUUCAAUUUUAACCUUCGGGUAGGUCCCUGAGGGGCUACUAUAACAAUUAUAUGACACCAUCCUUGCUUUUUAUCCAAAAACACUAUCUUAUGCCGACGAUAUUCAAUGCCAUCAUCAUCAUCAUCAUCUUGAUUACUAUUGUUCUUCUUUCUUUAAAUAAAGAUAUAUUUCGUUUUGCUUAGGGGGAUAACUGGGAGUUCGGCUAACCGUUUGUCCCGACCGCUUUCUUUAUCAAUAUAAGUAGCCCUACUAAUUAAAAAUAACCCUUGAUAUAAAAUUCCUACUAGGUUAUUUAUUAAAACUUCCUGUUUCACAUGGAUUAUUACAGGUUUUCAUAAAUUUUGAUUAAAACUUCCCACCGUUCUUCAUUACUUACUGAAUAUGUACGCUUUCACUCCCGCUUUGCCUCUAAGACAGACUGCAGUUACUCUCUGAAGACAUUACCUCCGUUCACAGCUAUAAUAGGCUAUGGCUCUUCUUUUAAUUACACAUUUUUACUUUUAGAAAUCUAUACUGAGUCAUGGUUUUCCAGGCAUUCCAGGAUCAAAUGGUAUGCAGGGAGUGCCGGGCGUGCCUGGGCCGCAGGGGCCCCAGGGAAGAGAAGGUCCAAAAGGACAAAUUGGUGAUAAAGGAUCGCAAGGAGAGCAGGGUCUAAGAGGAGACAGAGGGCGCGAAGGUCCUCCCGGGAAGAGCGGACCGCCAGGAAUUAUGGGAUUAAAAGGUGAAUCGGGGCUUGUCGGAAUGAAAGGAGAGACAGGCAUUGCGGGAAAUCAAGGAAGAAAAGGAGACAAAGGAGAGAAAGGAGAAAGCGCCAAAGCAAGUCAAGCAACUGUAGUACCACAAACCAAUUGGAAACAAUGUGUGUGGAUCUGGAAAGUAGCCCACGGUGCUGAUAGCGGAAAGAUUAAGGUAAACAAGAAAGGCACUAAACUAAACACGAACUAUUUAUAAAUAUCACAGACGAUCACCAUAGGUGGAAAGAACAGCUAUGUCCCCAACCCUAAUCCCCUCAGCCUUCAUCCCCAAUCAACCUUUCUCCAGCUGGCAUUAAUGUUUGUGUUAUUUAGCAUUCUUAGAGUUGCAGACGUUUUACUUUUUUUUUUAGGACUGUGCUUUUAACAAGUUGAAGUCGGAUACAGCGCUUAAAGUCUCAUUCCAGGGAAACACGAGGGUCCACAGUAAUAAUAAGUGUAAUCGCUGGUAUUUUAAGUUCAAUGGAAACGAAUGCACUGGACCAAUGACGAUUGAGGCUCUUGUUUACAACGGCUGGUCAUCAGGGAACCCUAAUCUGCUGCAUCAUCGGUCAUUUGAGGGGUACUGUGAAAACAUUCCACAAGGGGAGGUUAGAGUGGAAUUAUGGGUAGGACAGUGUAGCAGUCAUACACUGGGUGAUGCUACUACCGGGUGGAAUUCAGUGUCCCGGAUAAUGAUAGAGGAAGCGUCUAGACCCCAGUCCUAA